GUUUUGAUGUAUUGAAUAGAGUUGUGCUCUCAUUGUGUUUGCAUUGAGUUGUAAUGUCUGCCUCGUCUGAGAUGAUGGCAGUGCUGCUGAUGGUGGUAGUGGUGGCAUCGGUGAUGGCAUCAGAUGGUGAUUUCGGCACAUCUAUGUCUCAGUGUCCCUCAGAGUGUGACUGCAAUGGUGUGACUGUCGACUGCUCUCAUCGCGGGUUAACACGAAUACCUCCAAACAUACCACAAGAAGUGGAGUGUCUACGUCUGGAGCAGAAUAUGUUGACGGAAGUGCCUCACAAAGCAUUCACACCAUUCAAACGAUUAACCAGAAUAUUUUUAUUUGGUAAUCAAAUAAAGGAUUUACCCGAAGGCGUGUUUAAGGGACUCUCUUCUCUACAAGUCCUAUCUCUUUAUGACAAUAACAUCCAAUCAUUAGCUGAAGGAGUGUUUGCAACGCUAACUAAUAUACAAACACUUCAUUUGGGCCGCAACCCAUUCAUAUGCGAUUGUAACCUGAAAUGGUUGGCCGAUUACCUGGAAGUGAGGCCAACACUGGAGACAUCGGAAGCGCGCUGUGAAGAACCGAAACGCAAUGCUCGCAAACGGAUCUCUCAAUUAUCUCCUGAAAAGUUUAAAUGUAAAGCUAUGGAAGAAUUGAGGACUAAAUACGCCAAUCAGUGUUUAGUAGACACUAAAUGUCCCGACAAUUGUGUUUGCGAUGGAACUGUUGUCGACUGUUCUAAAAGAGCUCUCAAAGAUAUUCCCAAUGAUAUCCCAACUUUCGCCACAGAAUUGUGAGUACUGUAUAUCUUAUAAGAAU